GAAGCUGUGCUCAAGAACUGACACUAGACAGCAAAGACUGAAAAAUAGCAACAUGUGCAAAGGACUAGCUGCACUGCCUGCUACUUGCCUAAGAAGUGCAAAGGACAUGAAACAUCGUCUGGGCUUCUUGUUGCCAAAGACAGAGACAGUGAGUGAUCACAGUUCAACGUCCAUCAAGAAGGACAAAACAGGUGCCAUGCACAGGGUCAAUUAUAAAGAAGUCAAAGAAUGGAGUGAAUCGUUUCUGAAAUUAAUAUCCCAUAAACAUGGCCUAGUCACAUUCACUGAAUUCCUCCAGUCUGAAUACAGUGAGGAAAACAUCAUGUUCUGGCUGGCAUGUGAGGAAUACAGAAAGUGUAAAUCUCCUGCAAAACUGGCAUCUAAGGCGAAGAAGAUUUUCAAUGAAUACAUCACAGUCGAGGCUCCCAAAGAAGUGAACUUGGAGUCCCACAUCAGAGACAAGACCAGAAAGAAUAUCCUUGAGCCAACGUCUUCUAGCUUUGAUGAAGCACAGAACAAAAUCCAAACCUUGAUGCAGAAGGACUCUUACCCCAGGUUUCUCAAGUCCAAGAUCUACUUGGAUUUACUGAACCAAACUCAAGCAAGAAGUUAACCAAAGAUCCAAGCACAGACACCUUUGACAUCUGACCCACAGCGCUCACACUCCCGGUUUACUAGGAUUGCCAACGCAAGGUGGUUGACUGUGAUUUUAAUUUCAAAAUCUUUGUUAGGUCAUAUUUAAAAGAAAGGUACAAAUUCUUGUUGAGAGUUACUGCAGCUAAAUUUGACUAACAUAGCACUUUAAAUCCUGGAGAAUGAAGACAUCUCUUCGUGCCAUUUUAGCAAAGGACAAGAGUAGAAUAUUUCAUUGUUUUUUCAGUCAUGUUUUUCUUUCAUGGUGCUAUUUUUUUUCCUGAGUCCAUCAAAAUUUUCUGCUCUCUAAUUAGGAAGAGCAAUGUUGUUGUUGAUAUUAGGGUAUGCAAACAAGUUUGCGUUCUCAAUGAAAUAACUUCAACAGACCUAUAUGACCUUAAUGUCAAGUCAGUUCCUGUGUUAGAUUUUGUUUAGUGUGUCUGUAUUGUUAAAAUGCCAAGAGUGAGGUGCCCCACCCACUUCAUUCUGCUUUCUUUCAUGUUCUAUGCAUGGUCAUAGAUUAUGUGGUAGCUCAGGAAGCUGAGUCAUUCCUUUUCACCCACUGUCAGACAGAUUAAAGAAAAAGGAGAAAGUGAGGACUGCAGAUGAUAGGGUGUCAGAGUCGAAGUGUGGCACUGAAAAAGCGCAGCAGG